AACCGCAUCGCCUCCUCAAACGAGCAGGUCUUGUCGAAGCAGAAGCAUUGGCUGAGAUCUCGUUCUCUCUUCUUCUUCUCCGGCCAUCUUUUCUUGCUUUGUUUCCCAGCCAUUGAAUUCGAAGUAUCCCAGUAUCACAUGUUCAGCAUAAGACGAGGAAAGAGAGGCAAAGAAAAUACCUUAAACAAAGCAAGGUAUUUUCGGACAUCGGCCAAUGAUUGCUGUUGGGCUUUCAGCUUCUCCACGAUGGCUGUUGGCACUGAGGGAAGGAAGAGGAAGAGGAAGGUCGAGCGACCGGGUGCUGAUGACCGACUCAGGCCUCACAUGCCAGUCAAGAAGGCGAUAGAAUUGGUAAAGAACAGCCUUUCCGCUCCCAUGGAAUUGCCUACCUCCCUUUACGUCGAAGCCGAUGACCCCGAUUUCCCCAGAGGUGGAGGGGUCGUUCCGAGUCCGAAUGAGGAGGCAGAGGCUCGGAUGGAAGCGGAAGACGUGUUUGAAAGGGGGAAGAAGGAUUCGAGGAAGAAGGCCAAGACGGGGAAGAAGGGGUCGAAGAGACCGCCAGCGGAUAUUGAGGAUGAUUUGAGUUCUUUUUUCGGCAAUGAUGUUAGGUUUGAUCCCGAGUGCCCUUUAAGGGAGCUCAAAAUUAGUGCUUCUGAAGAGAGGCUACUGAAGGAUGACAUUCCAAGAACAGAAGAUGAAAUUGAGAAAUUGGUUAGGGUCUCCUAAUUGUAGUUUUGUCUGGAUAAAGUACAUGGCUUAUAUACUCUCUCUGGCAGAUAUUGAGAAAGCACGCUCCAUUGCUGAAAGGGAUCUGUUUGGGUGAUGAGGAAGUAAUUCAUGCCUUAUUUUAGAGGGCAACAUGCUUAAGUUUGCCACCCAAAAAAAUGAAGUUCCUGUUCACAAAGUAUCUUAACUAUGAAAAAGCCCAUGGUGACGAAGACCGGGUUGAACAUGUCAAGCGGAAGGCAAUGGAAUAUGCCGAGAGCUCUCUUAUUUGAUUUAGACACUUACACAAGUUACAAUCUACGUGCUGUUAAUGUGGAGAAAGUCAACCGGAUCUGUGACAAAGCUUUCCUGCAAGGUACUUGAGGAUCUUCACAACCUGCCUUUGUGGAUUCAGCCAAUUCUUUACCAGAAGAGUCUGCUAUGAAGUUUGCAGUUGCAGCAGCCAGUUCACAAAUGUAAAUGUCUGCGAAGAAGGUAUCCAGAUCCCCUUGUGAAUGGCAGUUGACAGAAAUGUAAUUUUCGAUAGCAGCAAAGCCUCCGUAUCAACUGUUUGAGAUCUUAUCUACAUCCUGAGAGUUUCGUUUCUGGAAAUUUGAUUUCGAAUUCUUCUGUAAUUCCGGGAAGUGUACUUACAAGUUAAUUCGUUAAGACGACAAACGUUUUAACAAGAUAGAACAUAUUUAUGUUCA